AUGCAGUCAACCUUAUCUCGUCUGGAUCAACAUGUGAACUCGGAACGCUCCCACGCAUCGCUCGAUACGUUUACAUCUACCUACAACGACACGCGGAACAUCGAUGAAACCCGUUCGAACGGUCAACAUGCAUCCUCCAAGGGUAAAGGCAAAGCCCGUGCUGUAGCUGAUACGGAUGGCGACAGCGGCGAGGCUCCCUUCUCUCACCCGUGUGGGUUCUGCACGGGUUCCUCUCUACACGGUGGUUCAGAGACGCAAAGCUUCGAUAUCUCGUCGGAUUCAUCCGCCACAGAUACCGAGAUGGAGCACGAGGGCGAGGGCGGGGGCGAGGGCCAGGAGGAAGAACCAGCGUGGUGCCUCAUCUGUCACACUUCGCCCAUCUCAGACCGCACAGUGCUGCCGCAGUGUUUGCACUCGCAGUUCUGCUUCGCCUGCAUCCUGCGCUGGAUUGGCAUCAAGCGCAAGUGCCCCUUGUGCCAGUGCGCCAUCGGAGACCAUGUGAUACACGCCAUUCGUAAUGACAACGAUUACGUGCGCUACCACCUACCGCCUCCUCCUAGCACACGGUCGGCCUCUUCCUCCUCGGCCGCCCCCAUCACUGUCGUCGAUCGCAGCAGGAUCACCGCCCAAGUGCAACGCGUGCGCAACAGUCGAUCGCACCGGCGCACCGCUUCCUCCUCGGGCGAAGACGACUUCGCGCACGCCCUUGCCCGCCGCAGCGAGAUCUACCGCCUCGGGCUGUACGCCGCGCACGUCGGCUCGAACCGACACACCAACUACCGCGCCUGCCCCACGCCCGCCCAGAUCCGCCACUCGGUCUCCUGUGCUCAGAACGACAUGGCGCGCAGAAUCACCACGUUUGUCCGGCGCGAGCUGCUCGUUUGGCCGCACCUCGACGUCGACUUCCUGACGAACUACAUCUUGUCGCUGCUGCAGGUGUUUGGGAUCUGCCAGGACGAGACGGUGAGGCUGGUGGGCGAGUUCUUGGGCGAGAGGACGGCGAGGCAUCUGCUGCACGAGCUGGAGUGUUUCUUGCGCAGUGGCAAGCGCGAGUUGCGGUUUUAUGACACCAGUCCGUGGUUGCAGUACGGUGCGGAGAGCGGGAGGAAGAGGCAGAGGCAGAGGACGCAGCAGGAGGGGUGCGAGGCCGCGGAUCAGGCUGAGAUUGGUGUGCGACAAGAGGUGGCCAACAAGCGUAAGAUGUUGUUGGACCGACUCGAGAUGGAGAGGUCCUUGCUUGCUGUCAGUGCAUCGGAAUGA